AUGCAAAUUCAACAAUUAGAUGAUCAAGCCUUAAAAUACUUAGAACUACAAUUCAAAGAUCUAUAAGGACGAGAACUUGGGGCUAGCAUUGAAUUGGAGGCCUAGAUAGUACUAAAUAAACAUCAAUACUUACAGACUCAAUUGCAGAAGUUCGACUAAAAGAUUUUCACUCUUGAAAAUGAUUUGAAUGAGUACAGAACUGAUUUGGAUGUUAUUGAGAGACCAUUUAAAAUAAAAUUAUUCAAGGAGCAGAGUUUCAAAUAGCAACAGAAUGAAGUUUUCGAAUAAUUUGAUCAACAUCCAUAAAUGAAUAAGGGAGAUUAGCUAAAUCCAAAUAAACUAUAGACUCCUGAACACAGAGAAUAAAUACCAUCUGUAUUAUAAUCAGAAAAACACUUAGAAUAAUUUGAAGAAACACCAGAUGCUCCUGAGAUUUUGCAACAUGGUGUCAUUAUAUUCAGUUUAUAUGGUUUGAUCACAUUAUUUGUUUGUUCUGCUAAGCCCUCUUUCUUAGAUGUCUUAGUUUGUCAUGGUCUCAUGUUCACAAUCUUCAUGGACAUGUUCGAAACAUUUCAUUUAAAACUCGUUGGAGUAGGCCUAGUUGCCUCUAUCUUUUAUGAUAUUUUAUGGAUGAAAUAAUACAAUUUUUGGUGGUUUAGUGAUGAUUAAAACAAUCCGGAAUGGGGAUUGAAGGCACAAACAUUAUUAAGAUUCGUUUUAAUUUUAACAUAUAUUUAAUUCUUGUAUAAAUUUGUUGUAUGUUAUUAUAUAUAUUAAUUUCAUAGAGAAUCCAUCGAUUCCACAAAAAGAUACAGUUUUACAAUUUGGGGAAUUUAAUACAAAGUAGGUAGAAAUAGGAAUAGUUCAUACUGGAAAUCAUAAUGA